UCAUAAAUAAUGAAAAUCUAAUGCAUACAAACCUAAGAACAUUUGGUUCGUUUAAUUAUAAAAUGGAAAUUAUGCUCCCAAGAGAAUCUUGAUAGCGCUCACCGCAACAAAAUCAAUUAAGUAUACCUACCGACCGUUGAUCAAUAUUUCGCCAUGCUGGUUUAUGUUUGCUUAUAUUUGCUUGCUAAGCUUGAUUCAACAUCCUGCCUAUUCAAGGAGCACAUUGAUUUACAGAAAAUAGCAGAAAUUCAAUUCCAAAAUGAAAAGUACAACGUUCUGAAACCGACCAUACACGUCGUUAAAGAUCAUUUUGUUGAAUUUAUACAAAAGAGGCACAACGUAGAUCCCUCAGAACGCAUUUUUCUAGAUAAAAAUGGACUCAGGCACAUCUGGAAGGGUGUAGAAUUUCCACGUCGAAGGAGUUUAAGAAAAGCUGAUAUUCCCCAAAACGCAAUUGACGAUAUAAUUACCAAUAUAUCAACUGAAACACUAAACAUAAAUUUAACAGAGGACACUUCUAAGCUAACUAAUAAUAAUACUACAGAUACAUUGAUUACUACGAAACCGGGAUCAGAACCAAAAAAACUGCAAUCCAGGAGAACGGUAGUUAAAACAACAUUUUUCUGUCCGUUCUUUGGCCUUGUUCGGAUGUCUACACAUGUUGACAAAUUUGAUGAGAUAGGAAAUGUUACAAGACAAUAACAAUAUAUAUAAUAAC